AUGAACUCCAACCUCAACCUCGGACGUCAAUACAGCGAGCUCGCAAUCAGCGCUAUCAAUCUGAACGCCGAGAGUCAGGCUCAAGAUAAGUCUUCCCUCUCCUACUACCGACUCUUCUAUUUAGGAAAACCAGUCUCCGAGUUCUACUGCAACGCCUGCCAAAGGACCCUGGGUCACAUAGCACCAGACAAAUGCGACCGAUGCGCACCCUUUGCUGGCAAUCUGAGGUCCUUGGAGCGCAAGGCUGUCGGCUUCACACAACUUCCAAAUGGGGCCAUGCUGGGUAAUUAUUUGGUCUCGGAGAUUUGA